AAACUCGUUGUGCACCUUUCGUGUAACUUGUAUUAUAUGAAGAAAAAACUACCCAAGGGAAAUCUUUUGAGCCCGCACAACAUACAACAUGGCGGGUGAUCCAAGAAGCGACCUAAAACGUUUUGAAGAAGAAAUAGAUUUAGAGGUUGCCUUCAAUGAGUUCGACGAUGAGCUGUUUGAGUAUAAUGAGCGAAAUUUGAAUAACUCUGAGGAAAAAGGCCCAAAAGACUCAAAACAAGGAGAAUAUAAAGACAACAUGUUUGCUAAUGACGCUUGCCAUCACCAGAAUGAAACUAUCAAGAAACAUAGCGUUACAAAUGAAAACCACACCGGAGGUAUGCCCAUUGUGGGAACGUCAGAAGAAGGUGAAGUGUUAAGUUCAAGUGACGACGAAGGCGAAGAGAAAAUGGAUUUUGAUGAGGACCUUGACGAGAAACCAGUUACAAAGUCGAAUUUCACGUUAGGUGAUGAGGGAACAAUUGCAAAAACUAUUUUUAAGUUUUUACCUCCUGAUUCUACUGAAGGAGAGGGGAGUAAAAUGGGAAGUAAAGCACAAGAAUUAACAAAAGGUACGGUUGCUAGUAUCGAUGAAGCAGAGAGAGAAAUGCUUUCAAUGGAAUCUGAUAAUUCAAUGGACGAUCAGAGCUGGAAGAGACAUAAACGGGCCAGAAUGGAAGUGGAAACCCAAGAGCAUUCAGUGGAGAGGAAAAGGGAUGGAAAAGAUGGUGGGCGAAAUAAGACGAGAGGAGGUAAAAAGAAACGGAAGAGACCUGUUGGUAACCAUUAUGGUAGAGGACAACAUCAAAGAAGGCAUCACCAAGAGGAGCCAGAGUUAGGGAAUCUGUUCAAGCCCUUAAAAGUCACUUCAGAAGAUUCUGAGGAAGUUGUAGCAAAAGAAAUAGCAUCGAAACUAAAUGAAGCAAAAACAAAUCUCAUUCAGCGAGUUGUCAAAUGCAUUGGUUGUGAAAAAGCACUCAAGUUGUUCAGAGACACAAAAGAGGUUCAAAUGCAUGGAGGAAUGUGGACAAAGGACAAUCAGCGAAGGCGCACGAGUGGAGGGGUAUUUUUGACGAUUCUUAAAGAUAGAUACGUUACUAAAGAACAAAACAAGUGGAUUUUUGCGGUUGAAAAUGAGAUCAAUAAAAAGAAAGCAAAAGAACAACAGCAACGACUGAAAGAAGUUCAAAGGAAAGAUAUUGAAGACUUGAAAAUGAAAUUGAAACAAAGAGACCAGGAUUAACUUUGUGCGUGAAUUUCUAUCUGAGAGAAAUAUGCGAGAAGUGGGCUGAAUUUUUGAAUAUGUGAACAGCCAUUUGAAGUGAUUUAAAGUCAUGUAAGGUCACAAAGUUUACUAAAAAUAAAUAAUAGUUUGCGGAAA